CAUUCAAAUGAGUUAGUCAAAACAUACAAACUCAAGAUAUUUACAUUGAUUAAGCGAAGAAAUUAUUCUUAGCAAGCUCUACUUAAGCAUACUCAAUGGCAAGCAACGUGUUGACGGCAUGUUCUGCUUCAACUUUAGUGUCAAUCAACAGGGCAGCCUCUGUCCGUGGCUCGGUACCAGCUGGGUUGGGCUCACCUUCUGUGGUGUCCUCAACACCGUCAUUGAAGACCCCUUCUUCGAGGUCUUCGUUGGUGGUAAGAGCCCAACAGGGCGGGGUUAGUCCUAAGAGGAUUGAUCCUAUGGCACCUGAACACUUCCACAAAAAAGUUGCCCUACUUGAAACAUCCCCUUAUGUGCGCACUCCCUGGAACACAACCGAGGAUGAAAGUGAGAUAAGAAUGUGGUUUGACAUGCCAGGACUAGGAGCUGAGAACAUCAAAGUGGAAGUUGUGGAUAACAUGCUUGUGAUCAGGGGAGAUGGCGGUAUUGAUGCUUUCGGAAACAAGGUAUUCAGUCCAAGAGAGACCACACUUCACCUGCCUUUCAACUCUUGGAAGGAAGAGAUCACCGCUGUGUUUAAGAAUGGCGUUCUCUACAUAACUGUGCCUAAAAUUAUAAAGUUUGAGCACAAACUUAUCCACAUUCCAGUUAGAUCUAUAUAAAGCUCAGCUCACUGAGCCAUUACAUGUGUAAUGUCUUCUGAACUGCAUUGAACACUCAAUUCGAGCUGGGUAUAAUUUAAGAGCUUUUCUUCGGAAUUGUUCUAGGUAAAUAAGAAGCUCUACUUUUAAAUCUGCUUUCUAUGUAUGUUUAAAGUUGUAUGACGACUUGGUUGUUAUAUGAUUCUAUAAUAGUGAAACAACUUUUUGUUACAA